CGCUGUAAUGAGGACGAUCCGUUUGCGGCAUUGACUAUGGGACCAGAGGCAUGGGCGUGUGUGCGGACCCUGGGUCUUACCGGUGGUGUCAGGCAUUAAGCCGGUCGCGAUCAUCGUUCGCCACAAACACAAAUCAACAAACGAAAAAAUCUAUAAAUACUAAAACGACAACAUCAUCAACAUUAACAAAUACAACAACAGACACAACAAAUACUACAAUAAAUACAAGAAAAGCAAAAACAACAACGAUACUGGAGACGUCAAGAACGACGUCCAAAAAUAAUAUAAACAAUACCAGACCGGUAGUAAAACCAACGAAGAUCGACGGUACGGUAGCGACGACAACGACAACGACAACUGAACGCUGUGCUGGUGCUGCUGCUGUUGCUGCUGUCGCAACUGCCGCCGCCGUGAUUGUAAAUAAAAUUCCCAAAAUUUUUUUGCUACGUUAUAAUCACAACAUUUGCCAAUUGUUGAAAUCAUUUCAACUUGUCUUAUUGGUCUUUGUGAUAUUAGCGGAAACCGCUUAUGCCAAUAUACCAGAAGAUGCUGUACACAUCACGGCAAUACUCGGAGAAGGUGUCAUAUUCAAUUGUCACGUUGAGUUCCCGAAUGAUCAUCCGGUGCCGUAUGUCCUGCAGUGGGACAAGAAGGUGAGCGAAACGGGCUCCGAUUUACCCAUUUACAUAUGGUAUGAAAGCUAUCCAGAACACAUCGAAGAGGGUUACAAAGGUCGCGUCUCGCGUGUGUCACAGGACUCGCCAUUCGGUUCUGCGUCACUCAAUUUGACCAACAUCAAAGAGUCGGAUCAGGGUUGGUAUGAGUGCAAAGUUGUGUUCCUAAACCGUGAUCCCAAACAGCAUAAAAACGGUACAUGGUUCCAUUUAGAUGUGCAUGCACCGCCACGAUUUAGCGUUACACCAGAGGAUAUUAUUUAUGUUAAUUUAGGUGAUUCAAUUAUUCUAAAUUGCCAAGCUGAUGGCACACCAACACCAGAAAUUUUGUGGUACAAAGAUGCUAAUCCCGUUGAUCCCUCGCCUACUGUUGGCAUCUUUAAUGAUGGCACCGAGUUGCGGAUCUCUACAAUUCGUCACGAGGACAUCGGAGAAUAUACUUGCAUUGCACGUAAUGGUGAGGGACAAGUCUCCCAUACGGCCCGUGUUAUAAUAGCGGGCGGCGCUGUAAUCAUGGUGCCGCCCACUAACCAAACCAAACUUGAGGGCGAAAAGGUGAUGUUCUCAUGCGAAGCAAAAGCUAUGCCUGGUAAUGUCACCGUAAGAUGGUUUCGAGAGGGUUCUCCAGUGAGGGAAGUUGCCUCGUUGGAGACGCGUGUUACAAUACGUAAAGAUGGUUCACUCAUCAUUAAUCCGGUGAGCGCCGAUGAUUCGGGUCAGUACUUGUGUGAGGUUACUAACGGUAUUGGAGAUCCACAGAGCGCUUCGGCAUAUUUAAAUGUUGAAUAUCCUGCCAAAGUGACCUUUACACCAACUGUGCAGUAUUUACCCUUCCGCUUGGCAGGCGUUGUGCAGUGUUAUAUCAAAUCAAACCCGCAACUGCAAUACGUAACUUGGACCAGAGACAACCGCCUACUGGAGCCGUACCAAAUGAAAGACAUCGUUGUCAUGGCAAAUGGUUCGCUUUUAUUUACGCGUGUCAAUGAAGAUCAUCAGGGUCGUUAUACAUGCACUCCAUACAACGCGCAAGGCACGCAAGGUUCAUCGGGUAUGAUGGAGGUACUUGUACGUAAACCCCCUACAUUUACAAUCGAACCCGAAUCGUUGUAUCAGCGUAAAGUGGGUGAUAGUGUUGAAAUGCAUUGCGAUGCUGUCGAAGCGGAAGGUACACAAAGACCUACAAUCAAAUGGCAACGACAAGAUGGUGCACAGUUAGCCGAUUCGCAACGCAAUCGCGUCAAGGUAUCCGGUGGUAAUAUAACUAUAGAAAACUUGCGUCGUGAAGAUUUUGGCUACUAUCAGUGCGUUGUGUCAAAUGAGGUAGCAACACUAAUGUCAGCUACUCAACUUGUCAUCGAAGGCACACAACCUCAUGCGCCAUACAAUAUAACGGGUAAAGCGACUGAGUCAUCUAUAACACUGCAAUGGAUGCCAGGCUAUAGUGGAGGAUCUGAAUACAAGCAGGACUAUACAAUUUGGUACCGUGAGGCCGGCGUAAAUGAUUGGCAAACCAUUUCUGUCACACCUUCCGGCAGCACACAAGUAACCAUAAAUGGCUUGGCUUCUGGUACCACUUACGAAUUUCAGGUUGUAGGACGCAAUGUGCUCGGCGAUGGUAUGAUGAGCAAAAUUAUGACUGUGCGAACUUUGGAAGAUGCUCCGGCAGCGCCACGUAAUGUCAAGGCUGCAACACAACCUCCAGAUCACGUCUUUCAACUAAUGCCAGAUGAAGCUGGUCCCAAGCCAGGUCCCCCGCGCAAUGUGUCUGUAACGGAGGUCUCGAAUGGAUUUCUAAUAUCUUGGCAAUCACCUCUCGAACGUGCCCAUAUCGUUAAAUUUUACACCAUUAAGUAUCGUACCGACGCCCAAUGGAAAACCCUAAAUCGCGGUCAAAUCCGACCCGAGGAAACCCAAUAUUUAGUUAAGAAUUUAGUCGGCGGUCGUACCUAUUAUUUUCGCGUCUUAGCCAAUUCUGAAAAAUCCUAUGAAUCCAGUGACGAAGUGAAAUUUCCGGUGCCGGCACGUGUUAAGCAUAAAGCCAUAACAGCCGGUGUCGUUGGGGGCAUCCUGUUUUUUAUUGUUGCGAUCAUUUUAUCGGUUUGUGCAGUAAAAAUUUGCAAUAAACGUAAACGACGAAAACAGGAAAAAGAGUUCAACAUGGUAGCUUGCAGGAUAACGGACGCCCGUAAUGUUGCAACUAACAAUCCACAAUUGCAUAAUCGUAGUACGGGCUCGAUUUCCGCUGGUCAAGUGCCUUUAAAAAAAUAUAAAGAAACCCGAAUAUCAAGUCUAACAACCAUACUCAUCGCCAUAUUGCAUUGGAUUUGGCCACCGGAUCGCUGUACAAACUGUCAUUCCAUUUAUAGCUCACCCCAUUUAAUUCAUGACGAAGAGGCGCGCAGACGAUCAGUCAGUCAAAUUCAACGUUCUAUUGAUGGACGUUUUGUACUCUCCGACGUCAUUUCUGAUGGAAAUAAAUUAAGUACAAUUAGUCUCGCUCCAGAUGGCGUAGAUGAAGUAGAUGGUUCCAUAGAACGUCGAAACAGUAAUGCCUCCCAGAAUACAUCCAGUGAUGAUGGCGGUUUUUUAUCGAGAAGAAACUUCAUAACUGCACGCGCUUCUUGGCGACGUCCUUUAGUCGCCUCACCAAGCCAACUUAGUUUACAAUCGGCGGCUGGUUCAGCCAGAGGAUUUCUACAAGGUCUUACUGGCUUAUUAAAGGUCGGCAGUGGUGGUGGUAAUAUUGACACAGCUAUUGAUGACUGCAACACAGGCGCACGUUAUCAGAAUAUCUUCAGACCACACUAUGGUCGAAAUAUCUAUCGCAAUCUUCAACCAGCACAGCCAGCGCAACCGACAAGUCGGCCUUUACACAUAAAUACAUUACAUGUAGGCGGAACGGAUGGUCUACUUGCACAUCAACACCACACACAUCUGCAUGAGUUGAUUACACCCAAUAUGUACACACCCUCGAAGAUAUCGCGUAUGUUUUCAAGUUCGCCAGCGAGCACACCAAAUGAUGGCAUCAACUUAAAUAGUACUCAUAUGCAUAAUACUGGACUACUCACAUCACCAUGGGCAUUAAGUACACCAACUGGUAAUCAACACAACCAUCAUUUCAGCGAUAUAAGUACCGUGUACCCGAGCUCGGCUGAGCGCUCGUUUCCCUUGCCGGCGACCAGUGGUAAUCUCAGUCGGUACCGCUACUAUACGCAUGAAUUGCCUUCAUUACGCACCAUACAAGAAGAAACGCGUCGUAUGAAUCAACAACAACAACAACUACACGAGUUUGUGCCACUGCAAAUACCGUCACCACCGUCCUGGCGUAAUUACUAUCCCGGUCAGGCGCCUUACCACAGUUAUCGACCGCGCACACGUUGGUAUCCACGCCAUUACUCACGCUUAUUUGGACGGACACAAUCCGAACUGCUUUCACCAUUGCCACAUUUGAAUUUAUCACUACGUUCCAGUUCAGCAAUUGGUACUGGAAUGGGCUUAGAGGCAUCUCCCGAAUCACGUUCUAGUUCCAGUGGUUUUGGCUCGAAAAACACUUCAAAUCAACCACAUGGAUCUCAUCAUUCAGGCAGCACAAGUGAGUGGCGUUUGCUGCCACCUUACCGCCCACCACCACCACCGCCAUCGAAUAAUGCAGCCUAUUUUAGCAUGCAACAGCAACUACUGCAAUCGCCACAUAGCCAACCACAACAAGCACAAGCGCAAGCGCCCGUACACACGCAUCAACUACAUCAGCAACACUUGCAACAGCAACAACAUCAAAACUUUUGCACUGCCACCUUACCAUACUACAGCCACAAUAAUGGUCUCCAUAAUUACUACAGCAACAGCAGCAUGCCGCGUGCUACAACGCCACCAUAUACCAUGGCACACUGGUUGGACAUGAUCUCACGUCUAAAUGCCGCUACAGAUAAUGUUAACCUGCCGAAAUCUGUGGAUGUUGGCAGUGUCGAUGGACACUAUGAAUUCGAUCCAUCCACACCCACACCUAGUGCUUCUACACCUACAGGCGGCCUACUGCGCGAUGAUCUCAAUUUGCAUAUCGACACAACAGGACAUCAUACGGUGGGGCUUAUGAACGGUGGCAGUAUAUUUCACACGAGUGCUUCGGGAAUGCCCGCAUUAACAUGUGCUGCCACCUAUGGCGGGUCAGUGCGCAAAACGCGUAUAUCACGUUACGACAACAUUGAAGCACGUCUCCAGGCAAUGAAGGAAGAGUUUUACGCCUACCGUAAGCGUCAAGCUAUGAAGCAUGCCGGUGUUGGCGAACUAGAGAGCGUGUGCUGAUCUUGGUCAAAAAUACAUGCUGUAGACUAAAGCGACCAAUGUAAGUGCAAAUCCGAUACUGUUAUAUAAUUUAAAAAAAAACAAUAUGGUGUUAGUUUAAUGUUUGUUAGGUUUAAAAGAAUGACUAACAAUUUUGAAACUGGAACAUGUUUACGUUUUUAUUCGUCGACCUAAAACUUCUAUCACACAUUUAUCGUCUAGAAUUUUUUUCUAAUUUAAAUUGUAUUAUUUUUAUAAUGGACUUUUAAAAGGGUUUCAACUGAGGCAAUGAGAGAAAACUAUUGUAGGCUAUUAAAUAGAUACUGUACCCAUACGAAAACAGUUUUUUGAGAAGUAAAAACCGGGAGACCAGAACAUUACAUAACAGUAGUAAUAUUAGAGCAAUUAUUUAUAAUUUUUCAAAUAUUACUACUUACUAUUAAUUAAUCCAUUAAUAGAUCAAAUACAUAAAAACGGACAAAUUCUACAUCCAAAUUUAGUCAUUGGAUCUACAUUAUUCAAAGCCCUCAUAUACGAUGUUUAUGCAGAGUGACAGGAUAUUAUGACUGCAUAAAGAAAAGGAAAAAGAUAUAGAAGAAGAAUAAGACAGCAUGUACGCUAUUUAGGCUCACAUAGGUUAGAUAUAGCUUAGGUUUUUUUACGUACAUAUAAGUAUAUUAUAUAUCUUCUUUGUAGUUUCGUCCUUAACUUAUACAAUUACUUCUUUUAAGCUCUUUAGUCUCCUUUGUUUGAUAAAUUUUAAAUAAAGUUUAAUUUUUGCAUUGAAAUAAUUUUGCCGGUUUCCUGUGCCAUGUGUGGGUUACCUCAGACGUAUUUAUUUUUAUAAUGUGAUCUUCGUUAAGUUGAUAUAAAAAUAAAUUUAUAUACAAAAUAAAAAAAAUUAAAUUAAAUAAUUUCAGCUAACGAAAAUUUCCACGUUGUUCGGUCAUAAUUCAUGUAAAUAAGCAAUUUUCGCAUACUAAACCGAAAAGUGGCCCUCAGCGUUCAACAGGUUGCCCACACAUGGUUUCAUUUUAUGAAAAUCUCUGCUCCUUCUACACGAUUACGAUUUUAUUAAAUAAAAAAAUUCUCUUCCUUCAUGUUCCACUUUCAAAUUUGUUUAGAAAAUAAAUACGCAAAAUUCAUAAAAUAUAUACAUAUAUAAACAAUUACGGAGUACUUAAAACUCAAUAGAAGU